AUGAGAGAUGCCUCACGUGCGUCCAGCGCGGGCGGCCCGGGACACUGCCGCCGCGCUGCACCCCCCGCGACGCGCGCAACCCCCCCUCCUCGCCGCCCGAGCCCCCGCACCGCACCCCCUCACACCCCCGGGCAACCCCCCGGCGCGCGCACCGAACCAACGAUCGUCCCCGAUCAUUUUUACAUCUGCACUGUUGUGACAUUGAAAUUCAAUUUUCCGGUGAGCCCCGACCCGAGC